AUGGGCGGUGCCGCGAAGCCGCCCCCGCUUGUCUGCUUCAAGUGGCCAUGGGGGUCUAACCCCACCCUGUCGCUGGACCCCGGCCCGAGCGCGAGCCCCUGCGGAGACCUUGCUCCAUGGCUCUUCAAAUCCAUCCGCACCCUCGCGCAGGGCCUCAUCGUCGCCGGCAACCUCCCUUCGCCCUCUGCCUCUGCCGCCGCCGGGGGAGGCGGAACAAGGAGGAGGAGAUGGUGGGGGAGCCCGGGGCCGCGCAGGUGGAGGCAGACCGCGGUCCGCGGGGACACGGAGCAGCGGGUGCUGGCGGUGGCGCUGGCCAGCGGGAGGCCCGCAACAGUGCUCGAGUUCUACUCACCGCGGUGCUGCCUCUGCGCAUCGCUGCAGGGCUCGUGCGGGAGUUGGAGGAGCAGCUGUGGAGAUAUGCAAGAACAAUGA